AUGGGCUGCGCAGUUUCAGGUCUGGCCACAAAAUGUGAGUUUGCACAGAAGGAAGGAGCGGAUGCUGCUGCGCAUCCCAGCCAGGAGCACAUCCAGAUGAUUAGAGACUCCUGGAAAGUUAUCCGGGAUGAUAUCGCCAAAGUUGGGAUUAUCAUGUUUGUCAGGUUGUUUGAGACCCAUCCCGAGUGCAAGGACGUCUUCUUCCUGUUCCGAGAUGUGGAGGACCUGGAGAGGCUGAGGACGAACCGGGAGCUCAGGGCCCAUGGCCUGCGGGUGAUGUCGUUUAUUGAGAAAAGUGUGGCCAGACUGGAUCAGCCGGACAGACUGGAAGCUCUGGCCGUGGAGCUGGGAAAGAGCCAUUAUCAUUACAAGGCCUCACCUAAAUACUACAAUUACGUGGGAGCAGAGUUUAUCUGUGCUGUGCAGCCCAUCCUGAAGGAGAGGUGGACCGCUGAGCUGGAGGAGGCAUGGAAGACCAUGUUCCAGUACGUAACCAGCCUGAUGACACAGGGAUACCAGGAGGAGAGCGCCCGGCAGCGAAACCUCGCCGUGUCUCCAAAGGACAGACUAGACAAGAGAAACACAGCGCUAUGAGCUCAUCCAUCUCUAAACCACCACAGACUGAAACGUGUGCAUGUAUACAUCAUGUCUUUGUUCCUGUUCACCAUUUUUGUUCGAACAGACCAGAAUCAAGCAGUGGGUUUGAACAAAGCAAUUUAUUUC